UAAUCAGAUAUAGUAAAACAACAAAAAACAACCAUGCUGAGAAUUGCAACCUUAAUUAGUGUUUUGGGCACGAUCGCCGCCCAUCAUAUACCAUUCCUUCUGCCUAUUGGUCCCGCCAUUGACACCACUAGAGUGGCCGGCAAUCCUCUAAACGGUUUCCUACAGCACCUGAACGCCAGCCGACAGGCACUGGAGGGACGACUCCGGGAGGCGGGCGACCACUGGCGACACGAAAUCGAGCGACUAAUCAACGGUUGUCAUCACCAGAACGGCACUCAAACCCCAGUAAAUGGAACCGAAACACCCGUUAACGGGACGGCACCGGCCGCCAGAGUUACCCGAGCCCUUACACUGCCCUUCAGUUUUGGCGCCCAUCACCAACAAAACCAAAACCAGACCGCCUUUGUAGACACCCUCCUGACCCGUCUGAAUACCACCCGACAGGCCGUCGAGUCUCGGCUCCGGGAGGCCGGACAACACUGGAGAGCGGAGUUUGAAAAGUUGGUAAAUGGUUGCCAUCACAGUAACAACGGCACCCAAACCCCUGUUAACGGCACUGUCCCCGCCCCGGCCAGAACAACCCGAGCCCUGCACUUGCCCUUUACUUUUGGUGCCCAUCAACAGCUAAAUCAGACCGACAUUCUGUCGCACCUGAACGCCACCCGACAGGCCAUCGAGAGCCGACUCCGGGAGGCCGGCGAUCACUUUCGUCAGCAGUUUGAGACAUUGGUAAAAGGCUGUCAUCACAACACCAACGGUACCCAAACCCCGGUGAACGGCACCGUUGCCGCUGUCCGGGCCCCGCGAGCACUGACCCUACCCUUCGGGAUCGGUGCCCAACACCAGCAAAACCAAACCCAGUCAGGCUUUCUGGACGGCCUCCUGUCCCACCUGAACGCCAGCCGACACGCCGUUGAGACCCGUUUCCAGGAGGCGGCCAACCAUUUCCGACACGAGUUUGAAACACUAUUAAAUGGCUGCCAUAAUGGAGUGAACGGCACCCAAACCCCCGUUAACGGUACCGAACCAGUUAGAGCACCACGAGCUAUUACCUUGCCAUUUAAUUUGGGUGCCCAACAGCAGCAGCAACAUCAAGGUAUUUUUGAUGGAUUGAAAAGUCGUUUCAACGCCACCCGACAGGCCCUGGAGUCCCGGCUCCGCGAGGCCGGCGAGCACUUAAGGGCAGAGUUUGGCAAGUUGUCCAAAGGCUGUCACCAUGGUGUUAACGGUACCGCUCCCGUCAACGGUACUGUUCCCGUCAACAACACUACUGCUCUUUAA